GGCAACAACACGAGCCCAACCUGAAACCCCUCCAUAUAAAAACCCUCAAAGCGCCGGACGGAACUUCGCAGUCAGCACGCGGAACAGUCACAGAAUCAACAGGACCGCCGCUCCUCCUCCUCCCUCUAUUUUCCCCGGCUCGGCGUCUCCAUCUCGCUCUCUUACUCCGUAAACCCUACCAUAUCCAAUCCAUAUUCGUGCAAUGGAUAUUGAAGAAGAUAUCCGUGCAUUGCAGCUUGAUUCUGCAGAAGAGAAUAAUGGGGCCAUAAAUCCAGAAGAUGCACAGCCUGAACAUGUUGAAGAGGUCGAUAAAAUGGAUGAAGAUUCAAAACCCGACACUUCUGUGAGCAGCGAGGAGGUGCAGCAAGCUGAGGCAGAAGUGCCACACAAGGAAGUACGUGCACCAGAAGUGGAAGAGCCAUCUAAGGAGGAAGUGGGGAAUAAGAAGCGGCAUCUAAAUGUUGUUUUUAUUGGACAUGUUGAUGCUGGCAAGUCCACCACCGGAGGCCAGAUACUGUUUCUCAGUGGUCAGGUUGAUGACCGUACAAUUCAGAAAUAUGAAAAAGAAGCAAAGGAUAAAAGUAGAGAAAGCUGGUACAUGGCGUAUAUCAUGGACACCAAUGAAGAGGAGAGACUCAAGGGAAAAACUGUUGAAGUUGGAAGAGCUCAUUUUGAAACAGAGACAACAAGAUUCACCAUUUUAGACGCGCCGGGUCACAAGAGUUACGUUCCAAAUAUGAUAAGUGGAGCAUCUCAAGCUGACAUUGGGGUUCUUGUAAUUUCUGCACGAAAAGGUGAAUUUGAAACUGGAUAUGAGAGAGGUGGCCAAACCCGUGAACACGUUCAGCUGGCAAAGACCUUGGGUGUCUCUAAGCUGAUUGUCGUUGUCAACAAAAUGGAUGAUCCUACUGUAAAUUGGUCAAAAGAAAGGUAUGACGAAAUUGAAUCUAAGAUGGUACCAUUCCUCAAGUCUUCUGGUUACAAUGUAAAGAAAGGUAUUAAAGUUUUCUGGUUCACUUGGAUAUUAUUAGAUCUCGUAUUCCUACCGAUAUCUGGUCUGAUAGGCGCAAACAUGAAAACUAGAAUGGAUAAAACCAUCUGUUCAUGGUGGUCCGGCCCAUGUCUCUUUGAAGCUCUUGAUUCCAUUGAAGUUCCUCCUCGAGAUCCUAAUGGUCCUUUUAGGAUGCCCAUCAUUGAUAAAUUUAAGGACAUGGGAACUGUUGUUAUGGGAAAAGUGGAAUCUGGCACUGUGACCGAGGGCGACUCCUUGUUGGUGAUGCCUAAUAAGACCCAUGUGAAAGUUGUUGGAGUAUACAUCGACGAAAAUAAGGUUAGACGUGCAGGACCUGGGGAGAAUCUACGGGUUAGAUUAUCUGGAAUCGAUGAUGAAGAUAUAUUAGCUGGUUUUGUAUUGUCCAGUGUUGCAAAACCUAUUGUUGGAGUUACGGAGUUCAUCGCUCAGUUGCAGAUCCUUGAGCUGUUGGAUAAUGCAAUUUUUACGGCUGGUUACAAAGCUGUUCUGCACAUCCAUUCUGUUGUUGAAGAAUGUGAGAUCACUGAGCUAAUUGAGCAAAUAGAUUUGAAGACUAGGAAAGCUAUGAAGAAGAGACCCCUUUUUGUGAAGAAUGGUGCAAUUGUCAAGUGCCGUAUUCAGGUGAAUAGCACGAUCUGCGUAGAACUUUUCUCGGAUUUCCCGCAACUGGGCAGAUUCACUCUUAGAACCGAGGGGAAGACAAUUGCGGUCGGUAAAGUGAUGAAACUUCCUGCAAUUUCAGCUUAAGCAAUUUUGUCGUAUGAGGUGAUGUCCUCGCCGGUGCAAGAAGGUUAAAUAUUCAUGUACGCUGGCUCCUUGGUUUUCUGUAGUGAACAUCGACUGUAGAGUGUUUGUUGUUGCUUACUGGGUGUGGGGGUGGAUGAUUCUGUUAUAGCCAGUAAAUUUGUUCUUUAGUUGUGAUAACACUCCGAGGAGAGGGGUUUUAGUUUUGCCCUCCAUGGGAUAUGUUGUGAUUUUGUGGAAUAGUCGUCAUACUUUAAUACCCCGGUACAUAACUCUUAUUAUGGGAUCAUAUUCAUUGCUUUUAUUGUUAGUAUGUUGAAUGUUCAUGUGGUGCGAGGUUCUGCCAGCGUAACUAGCAGCGAAUCUGAAUCCAACUCGGCCCGUCUCGAGAUUGGGACGGCGGUGCUAGUAAGGAACAGGAUAGAGAAGCAACCACAAAGGAUGAUCCUUUCUUCUUCUGGUUGAAGAACUCGCUUUCGGUAGAGGUAGAAGCGGUGGCAAUGGUUUCUGGUGCAGAUGCCACCGUGUUGUUAUACCAACUGAAUGCUUCAGACAUUGAUUCACACAUGCUGCCCUUAGAAUAGUAGUGCUAGAACAAGUAAACUCGUUAUUAAGCAAACUUGGAUACAGAGGAAUUACAUUACAGGAUACAGCAGCUGCUGAUGGUGCUCUUUUACUGCUGCUUCACUAAGUGAAAUGAGCGCGCAUCAUGGGAGUGGCGAUGGUGAAGUACUGAACCAGCGUCUCCCUGGACGGAAGGCAUUCCUUGAUCACCGGGACCUCGACGAAUUUGUGACCCCAUCGGCACAGACCUGGGAACUUGUGAGGGUCAAGCAGCUUCAUCUCCCCAAUUUCUUCCAUUACCUCAACCCAAAGUGGGAUCCAACCCAACACCAAAUCCAAAUACCCAAUCCUCUCCACCCUUCCUUCCCCUUGUUCGUCAUCGUUGUCGUCGCCCCCAGUGCCGAAGAAUUUCUUGCCCUGAAUCAGCUUCUCAAGAUGCUCAAACCUUUCCAUCGCAACUUCUAUGGCCUUGUCCUUCUUUUCUCCUUUCAGCCGCCAGUAAGUAUCCCAUGCUCCAGGCGCGCACUGUUGAAAACGACCAACAGCAAAGCAAGUGGAUGAAUGAAUGAAUGAUACAACAAGAGGCGGAGAAAAGAAAACCCAUUUGGCUAUUGUUCUCACUGUGUACCUUUUCGUCGGCGAAUUUGGCCCAGAAGCGAGCUUGGGAUCUUGGAUAAGGAUGCUUGGGGAGCAAGGAAGGGGAUGAAGGCCAUGUCUCGUCGAUGUAUUCGAGGAUUGCGAGCGAUUCAAUGAUUGGGUUUUCGCCAUGGACGAGCACGGGGACUUUCUUGUGCACGGGAUUGUAAUGGAGAAGGAUGGGGCCCUUGUUGAUAAGAUCUUGUUCAAGGUACUCGUACUCGUGUAUCCCUUUCAGCUUCAGUGCCAAUUCCAGCCUGAAGCAGAACGGGCUGUACUUGGCUCCGAUCAACUUCAACUCCGCCAUUGCAGAAGCAAGAUCUAGGGAGGAGAGAUACAGUUGCAAGAUUGAGACGAGACGAGAUCCACGAACUGAAACUUACCGCUUCGAUGGUAGGGACUAGAUAUGGACGAAAGUUAUGGUCAGCAUGUGGCUUGUGACAUCAUGGCUUGCGUUGCGUUUGAUGGAAUUAUUUUCAUUUAUAACUACUGUUGACUCAUUU